UUAUACAUUAUAUCAUUUUAUUGACCGGUGUCUCUAAAGUAGGCAUGGCUCCUUUAAACAUAGGCUACGGUCGCUGUCCUAAUAUAAAAAACAAAGUUUGUGAACGUCAACAAACAUGGUAUGUGCUAUCAGGGAUCCGGGAUCAACAGCAUAUUGAAGUUGAAUGGUAAGGGUUAUGGUUAAGGUUAUAGUAUGUUGCGUCCCAAGGAUUCCACUGACUGAACAAACAUAUUAAGGUAUUUAACUAGGCAAGUUCGUUAAGAACAAAUUCGUAUUUACAAUGACGGUUUACCAAAAGACAAAAAUGCCUACUACGGGGACGGAGGCUGGGAUUAAAAAUAAAAAUAUGGGACAAAACACACAUCACGACCAGAGAGACAACACAUAAUGAGAGACCAAAGACAACAACAUAGCAUGGCAGCAACACAACAACUACGUGGCAGCAGCACAACAUGGUACAAACAUUAUUGGGCACCGACAACAGCAAAGGGCAAGAAGGAAGAGACAACAAUACAUCACGCAAAGCAGCCACAACUGUCAAUCACACUCCUCAAAGAAGACAUGAACAGACCCAAUUUCUAUAUUCUGCUUCUUGCUGGAGUGUUGGUCAACGGGCGAGAACUCCGAUGGGAAAACCAAUUUGACCAGCCCUUACACUUUAACUGCCCUUCAAGACAAUCCAUCUCCCACAUAAAAAGUCAGCAUGACAACUUCUAUGAAGACCGUGUGUGGGACUUUGAGUGCAAAGACACAUUUGUCUCAGAGCCUGAGUGCCACUGGUCUCCUUAUGUAAAUGACUUUGAACAAGAGUUCAGCUUCAAAUGCCCCAAUAACUAUGUCCUCACUGGGGUGAACAGCUUUCAUUCCAACCCCCAUGAGGACAGAAGGUGGAAGUUCUACUGCUGUCGAGUCAACAGCUACUGUAACCAGGACUGUCAGUGGACCCCCUACGUCAACUACUUUGAUGAGGUCAUCUCUUGGCAAGUCCCAGGCCUGAACUACCUAGUUGGGGCCGGAAGCUACCAUUCAGAUUAUUAUGAAGACCGUCGUUGGAGAUACCAGUACUGCACACGGAAGUCAAACUGCUGAUAUUACGGCUGAUUAUUGCAUUCUUGACCCAACUGAUGAGUUAAGAUUGCCUACUACCUUCUUUCUUGUGUUUCACUUAAUUCUUUCAUUCAUUAAUGCAUAUUCAAAAAGUAUACUUACUUUAAAAAAAUAAAAUACAAAUUUAAGACAGCGGCGCCUAUUUCACCUUAUGAAAAUAUAAAGUGUUAAACUUU